AUGAAGCGUAUAUUGGGCUCCUUCAACAAGAGAUCCACGUCCUCCUCGCUAGACAGCCCCCCGAUAUACCCCGCGGACUCUCCGGAGGGCAUUAUCCUAAGAGAAGUGAAUGCCUUUUGCGAAGCUGGCGCAGGUCCUGGCAAUUCGCAAAGCACCGAAUAUGUUCACCUUCCUGGUAUCGUCGAAAGCGCCGAGUCCAGUCCCAAUGCCGCCCGCGAAGCCGCGCAUCGGAUUCGCAAAAUACUAUCCGACACAUCCGCCGUGGCGCCGGCCAACAUGCAAUACAAUGCGAUCAUGCUGAUUCGGAUCCUCAUUGACAACCCCGGGUAUACCUUUACGCGCAACCUCGAUGCCAAGUUUGCCGCGACUGUGAAGGAUCUUCUUCGUCAGGGCAAGGACCCCAAUGUGCAAUACUUCCUCCGAGACACGCUCGACACGUUGGAGACGCAGCGACAAUGGGAUGAGGAUCUGGCGGUGCUCCUACAAAUGUGGCGGAAAGAGAAGACUAAGCUCACAAGAACCAACAGUGGUAUCUCUUGGAGGUCACAGCCUUCGCCGCAAUGGCAGAAUCAACGCCCGAAUUACUUUAACGUUCGCCAGAAUAGCUCAUCACUUCCGCCCCCCGAUGAGUUAGUCGCACGUGUCUCUGAAGCGAAGACGUCGGCGAAGCUCCUUAUCCAGUUUGUCCAAUCGACUCCGCCUACGGAAAUCCUGGAAAACGAGCUCAUCAAGGAGUUUUCCGACCGGUGUCGGGUGGCGUCUCGUGCCAUGGAAAACUACAUACACUCGACAAACCCGGCGCCGGACGAGGAUACACUUAUGACGUUGAUUGAGACAAACGACGAGCUAUCUGCAGCUCUGUCAAAACACCAGCAUGCCCUUCUUAACGCGCGCAAAGCCUUGGGACAAGCAGGUAGCCAAUCGCCCCCUUCGUCGGACGAGGCAUCAGUGUCGGGCGCACUACGACCAGUUCCUCCCCCGCCACCUGCAUCGCAAUGGCAGGCACAGAGUCCUCCGUCCUCGACGGCGCCGAACCUAGCGCCCGCUGUUCCGAUGAUGGAUCCAGCAGCCGGGAUCCCACCAUCGACAGGCAAUACUUCCAGAUCGCAUGAGUAUCGAUCCGAGGAUUUCCAAGUUCAGAACCCUUUCGCGGACAACUUAGGUUCUACCAUGAGCCCAGGUCAUGCGGAGAGCCAGCAGAUGGGCGGGACAGCGAACGAAUGGUGGAAUGACACGCAACGACCUAUCCAGCGAACAACUUGA